AUGCACAAAAAUACGAGAAAUGUUAUUAUACAUUAUAAUAAUUUGCAGAUCCUUGCUAUUUCUAGUCGAAAAUUGAGUAUAGUUCCAUCUCUUUACGAUGGAGAACAAGAUCCGGGACCUAAAUUCUUUUGUUCGGGUGUUCAAGCUCUUCUAAAACGUUUGACGAGACCAGAUUUUGCAAAAGUUUUUCGGAAAAGGACAAACAGUAAUCUUCCUUUCCUCAAAACUCCAAAGUAUAAAUUCUUAACAAAUGAAGAAUUAGAUGCCGAGAUAUCCAAAGCAAAUAAAACUGCUGCUUGGUUGCUCCAAAUGCCACCAGUUGUAAAGGUGCAUGAUCCAAUUAAUGAGGUAUUUUCAAAGGACCCAGCUUUAGUUGGAUAUGACUCCUCAAAAUAUGUAUUUACAGAUAUAACUUUUGGUGUUCCUAAUGAACAAAGGCUUAUAGUGGAAAGGGAUCCCGAUGGUACACUGCAAAGCUGCGAUCAUGACACAAGAAAACGGCUCAACCAGAUAUACUUUCCCAUUCAGGGUCGCAAAGUAAAGGAACCAACAAUGUUUUCUGAUGAAGAAAAAUUCCAUGGAUUGCUUGAAGAGGAGAAAUAUGAGUUUAUAUUAGAUCGAGCUUGUAUACAAUAUGAACCAAAUGAACCUACUUAUCAGAAAGUAACAAGUAUCACAUAUCAACAUGUAGAUUUGAAAACCAAUUUUAACAUGCUAAGAUCAACAAGACAUUUUGGCCCCAUGGCAUUCUACCUGACAUGGCAUCAAUCAAUGGACAAUCUCAUGCUUGAAUUAUUACAAACAGGCUUUGUCAGAGAAACAGUGCUUUUAAUGGGUUUAAGGCAAGCCAUCCAUGAAGAUAUUGCCUUUGCAGAUGAACUUAAUGAACUUGUGCCACAAAUACUACCUACUCCAGUACAACUCAAAAAGUCAGAAAAUUUAUCAGAGGAAGACAUUAACCUUGACAAUAAAUGCAUAGAUUGUGUCGUCAAAUAUAUCACGAAAAAUUCAGCUAUGAAGAGUCAGCAAGAACUAGCUUUGCAGGGCUUCAGAGAAGAAUAUCAGCAAUUGGUAGAACUAAGUCGUGGAUUAAGAAAAGCGCAUGGAAACGUU